AUGGUGACUAGAGGACUCUGGAACUUACACGUGGAUGGGAAGUGGUACCGUUGGUUCCACCCUCCUCGCGGAGUUUCUUCAUCGCCAGAUUCACGAGCAACUCUGACUACCUUUCGCAUACUUACUUCAGACUCCAGCAAAUUGAAAUGGGAAAGCGUCCCAUUCCCAACACCACUUCAUUUUCAACUCGAUUAUGUCUAUACCAUCGAUGAAGAUGCUGGUCACUUCACAGUCACUGAGUGGAGAGGUAUAGAUGAAGUUCCCACGAGGAUCAACCGACGGAUGACGUUGGCCAGUAUCCGAGAAACAUCCCUUCCUGCAAUAGACACACUUCUAAGUGACGUGGUGGAAGUGCCAAAGAAGUAUCCCUCACUGGAUGGUGAAGACAACGAAGUCAGUGUACAACAUGCAUUGAGAUUAUUUGAGAUCAAGCCCGACAUGCCCGCCCGGCUAAAUGAACUACAAUUUCAAUUCUUUACGGACUUUGUUUUCACAUGGCGCUUCUACCUCGACGAUACUUUCACCUGGGAUCAUACGUCUUCUGUUUUUUCUGCCCUUGCUAUCGGACUCUUGCGCAUCGCUGCAUGGGACUUUGAAGUCAGAAAUACGGACACAGAGGAUCUACCGAUUCUAUUUUCGUCCCUUCCACGGUGGAAGGCGCCUCGAGAUCGGGUAUUCUGGUUUCAUCGAUAUCUGAUUCUAUGCUGCAAUACAGACCAGAUUAGCAAUGCUGUGGCUAUCAUAGAGAAGCAUCUUGUUUCCCAGUGUAUCAAUCACAAGGGGCCUGUUCACGGAAUAGCCAUUUCUAUACGAAAUAUCGCCCUUUUUGAGAUUCGUAACGGCAAAAUUCUCCGCUCUACCUCUAUCCCUCUGGUCACCAAUAUCUCGGCGCUACAUUGCUCCCCGGGUUUCAGAAUACUGGCAUAUAUACUCACUUCGAGUCGCUUGAAGGGCCUCUCAGCUAAAUCUGGAGAGCAUUGGGGUACUGCGUUGCCCACUGAAGUUUUUGAAAUGAUCCUCAAAGCAUCUCAGCCAAGUGAUUUGGUCUCCAUGGCUCAGGCAUCUGAUUCAGUUGAAGAAUGGUAUUACUCUUCAAUUCCCCAGAUCCCUGGUCUUAUACCGCGAGACUUCUUCAUGUCGAUACCGUGUUGCGGUAGGCGAGAUACAUCGAAUCCCCAUGGAGCUUACUGCUCAGUCUGUUAUGCUUGGUCGCAUGUGGAAUGCACAGGCCUGUCUGCUACUAUGUUUUCAGACACUGAUCACUUCACAUGUUCGGGCUGUCAAGAGAGCGUACCUUGUGCUUCUCUUGAUACGGGUGGAAUUCAACACUCGUAUCGUAAAAAGCGAGAAAGAAACGCCUGCAGCGUGAUCCACGAGGGCAAAAGUAAGGAGUUUUGGCUGCGAGUGAAUACGCCAACCUCUAGACGGCCAGAAUUACGGUUCAUCCGAAACCUCGCUCCGCCUCCUCCACAGAGCGUUGAUUAUACGAUAUUCUUCAGUGGAGUCUUUUCUGGCCUCGCGUAUGGAUUUGACGAUUAG